UCAAACAUCAAGCGCUGCGUGUAACGUUAUAAAUAACUGUGAUUUCGACUCUUUUGUGUUAUAUUUACGGUACAUGAAAGUUUUCUCGAUUUUUUGCGUUCGACGCUUUGAGUGAUUGACAGUUUCAAAACACACGAGAAUAAAUGUGAGAAUAUCGUGUUUAAAUCAGAGGUGUGUAAAUCUGUCUGUUAAAUGAAGAUGUUCAUAUAUUGAAAUAUUGAGGAUGACGUCACGGAUGGAUGUGAUGUGCUGUAAAUCAGUAGGAACUGAUCUGUCCAUGCUGGAUAUUGAUGAUUUGAUGACAGAAAUCUGUCAGCUGAAGAAAGAGGUGGAGUUACUGGAGGAAAAGCUGAGAACAAGAGAUGAACUCAAGUCUGAGGAUGUGUCUGCGGUUUUGUGGAGUCAAUCUUCAGUGUGUGUGAAUGAUGGGAGCUUCAAAGAAUCUCUGUAUUCAGUGUGGAGCAGCGGAGAUCAGAUCACACCACAGCCACUGCUGGACAAACUCUCUGAACAGAAAUCCAGCCUCACUUUACUCUGUUAUACUGACACAAAUCCCACAGACGCUCAGGACACUGCGUGUGACAGUAAUCACACAUUGAAUCAGGAUGAAUCUACUGAUCAAACCUCCACAGAGUCUCUGGGUUCUGUCUGUAACGCUGGAGAACAGCAGACCCUGAACACCAUACAACUGAAGAUGUGUUCUGUCAAACUGAUGGACUGCAGGAAACUGAUGGAGAUGAAAACAGAACCCACACCAGAGAAAGAUCAAACUGAUGAAGAGGAGAAUCAUGAGGAUUUUGUUCCUUCAGUCAAUCUGGAAAUAAAAACAGAACCCAAAUCAGAGGAAGAACCGAAUGAAGAACAUGAGGAUGAUGAUUUUAUUCCUUCAGAUGAGAGGAUUGAUUCAUGUGUUGAUGGAGAAAUGGCCUCUACGUCAAAACAGCGACUGACAGCACAAACUCUUUCCCGCAUCACCUGUGGGAAGACAUUCAGUUCACAGAGACAUUUGAAGACACGUGAGAGAAAACACACAGAACAGAAACUCUUCACCUGCACCAGAUGUGACAUCAGCUUUCCUACCUCACAAGAGAAGAAACUUCAUUCACAAGAGCACAGAGACAAGAAACACUUUCACUGUGAGCAGUGUGGGAAGAAUUUUCUCUCGUCUUCGCGUCUGAAAGUUCACGUGCGGACACACAGCGGUGAAAAGUCUUUCCACUGCAGUGAAUGUGACAAAUAUUUCAGCACCAAAGCAAAUCUUGUUCUUCAUCAGAGAAUUCACACUGGAGAAAAACCUUAUCAGUGCAGUGUUUGUGGAAAGAGUUUUAAUCAACAUAAUAAUUUACUGAGACACCAGAUAAUUCACACUGGACAGAGACCUUAUCAAUGCAGUGUUUGUGGAAAGGGUUUUACUCAACAAACUGGCCUAGUAAAUCAUCGGAGAAUUCAUACAGGUGAAAGACCCUUUAAAUGUUCUCACUGUAACAAGUCAUUUGCUCAAAUGAGUGCCUUGAAAAACCACGAGAGAAUUCAUAUUGGAGAGAAACCUCACCAGUGCUCGAGCUGCGGUGAGAGAUUUUCUUAUUUUAAAAGUCUUCAGACUCAUCAGAAGAAACACCCUGAAGAACAAACUGAUCUAAAGUCACACCAAACUACACAUAUCGAGGAGAAACGCUUUCAGUGUUCAUACUGUGAGAAACUCUUCAGUCAUAAAGCUAAUCGGAAAAUUCAUGAGAGAACUCACACUGGAGAGAAACCUUAUCAGUGCUCGAGCUGUGGAAAGAGCUUUUCUCAUCCAAGUUCUUUUAGAGUUCACCAGAGAAUUCACACUGGAGAGAGACCAUAUCACUGCAGUGUUUGUGGAAAUUGUUUCAGUCAUCAAACUGGCCUAGUAAAUCAUCAGAGACUUCAUACAGGUGAAAGACCCUUUAAAUGUUCUCACUGUGACAAGUCAUUUGCUCAAAUGAGUGCCUUGAAAAACCACGAGAGAAUUCAUAUUGGAGAGAAACCUUACCAGUGCUCGAGCUGCGGUGAGAGAUUUUCUUAUUUUAAAAGUCUUCAGACUCAUCAGAAGAAACACGCUGAAGAACAAACUGAUCUAAAGUCACACAAAACUACACAUAUCGAGGAGAAACGCUUUCAGUGUUCACACUGUGAGAAACUCUUCAGUCAUAAAGCUAAUCGCAAAAUUCAUGAGAGAAUUCACACUGGAGAGAAACCUUACCAGUGCUCGAGCUGUGGAAAGAGCUUUUCUCAUCCAAGUUCUUUUAGAGUUCAUCAGAGAAUUCACACUGGAGAGAAACCUUAUCACUGCUGAAGAACAAACUGAUCUGAAAACAUUAUAGCGUCUAUAACCUGGAAUAAUUUUACUCGCAGUAUUUGUCUGUUAUAUUUUCAAAAAAAAAUGAUACUGCAUGUCUUUCCUCAUGUACGAAUGAAAAUGAAUCUGUUUAAUGUCAUUUGUAUGAUUAGUAGCGUCUUUUGCUUAUGACAGUUUGUAGUUUAGAUGAGGAUGAUGACACAAGGUGGUUUAACUUGAGCGGCAUAAUCUGUGGUUGUCUCGGGAUAGGGGAGGAGGGCAGAAAGAGAAUCAUCAGCAUAGCCGUAACUGCUGUUCAUUACUUUUAAUGAUAAUACUGGCCUGACCUGAAUGAACUAAACUAAUCAAUCAGGCUUAAAUGGGUUUCAUAACAUUUAACUUUAGUUCAUGUGAUCAUACUGAUUCAAUCAAGGCUCAGUUAGUCAAGAUAAUAGCACACACAAGAUAUUAAAGGGAUAGUUCACCCAAACGUGAAAAUUCUGUCAUCAUUUACUCACAUUCGAGUUGUUCCAAAUCUGUACAAACCACCACGCUGGAAAACAAAGACAAUUCACUUCUCCCCCCAAAGUGACAUCCCCUGAUUGGGUCAUCUUUACAGUUUAAAGAGACAUUAGUGUCCGAUCCUCUUUUUCUGUUCCAUCUCUUCCGCUUCACUCGGCCUGUGUCGCUUCUAUAAGGACCCGGACCCCUAAAUCUGUGCCAGGCUACAAGCUCUGUAGAAGAUUUGAUACCCAAUGAGAUUAAUAAUCAGAAGAUGAGUAUUUAAGAUGGCUCAAAGGAAGAGAAGUCUGUUCCUUUGCAAACCAACUCAACUGCCCUUGGUGUCCCUGAUAAUAAAGUCCAUCUUUUGGCAUCAAAACUUGUGACUGAAGAUUAUUUUCUACAAACAAAGAAAAAAGCACAACACCUCCACCCAAGAUCAGCUGAAGCCUCAACAAACUGCAUCAGGACACUUUCUUUCCUUUUAUGGGCAAGUAUCAUAAUGAGGCUUAUUAAACAGUUCAUCAUGAAUCCUUUUCACAAAGAUGUCUUCGAAUGAAGAAACUGAUGGUCUGGUUCAGGCUGUUGAUCUGCUGAAUUUCAAAUGAUGCCAACUUCAACCUCUACCAAUGCUAAGCUCUGUGUGUGCGUGUGUAUGGUAUAUUAGUAUGUGUUUGGUCUAUAGUCAAUAAAGUCUUGUUUUAA